CUUGGAUUCCUACUCUCUGCCAACAAACUCCAGUUGUGUUGGUUUCACUGUCUUCAGCUUCGUGGUUGUAGCUCUGGUAUUUAUAUCAACCUGGAAGAUAUUUACGCAGCAAAUGGCUUUUGCCUGAGGAAUACAUCGCGCAUCAGUCCAGGAUUACUCACUAACUGACCAGACAUUAAACGAGCAAGAAUUAGCCAUUGUCUAUCGCUAGCUGGCUCUGAAUACAAUCAUUAGAUUUUGCCACAGGAGUCUUUCUUGCUGAACUACAGGCGAAUGGUCACUGUCUGGUGCGGAGGCCAUGUCUUACAACGCGAAAAACCUCGCCUAUGAGGCGAAGCAACCGUCUUUCUUACAAAAACUUAGAAGCCAGUACGGGGAUACUUCAGGUCGCCUUGAACGACCAAUUGCCCGACCCCGAAAAGAAAAGCAAGAUGAUGGCGAUGACGACGAACCCACAUAUGUCGAUGAAGAAAGCAAUGAAGUGAUUUCCAAGGAAGAUUAUGCGGCCUUAGUCCGUGAUAGCAACAAGGAAGAUGAGAAUCCGACGCAGGACUCAGCUGAGCAGACAUCUAAACCCGAUGAAAAGGAAAAAGAGGCUCCAUCCAAACAAAGUCUGGCAGAGAUAGGAGGUCCGAAGAAGCGAAAGCAGGCCAAAGUCGUUGGAGAGGAAAAUAACGCCCCAGAGAAGGAAGAAGAGCGAAAGGAGGGCCCUAAUCGAAAGCCGAAGCAGAAGAAAAAGAAAAUCAAGCUUUCCUUUGAUGACGCAUAAUUCACAGUCUUUAAGGGAUAAAAUCAUACGCCUUCUGCCUAAUUAUCUGGAGGCUAGAUGCCUAUUCAGGUGGUAGGGCUGUAUAUAGUAUCAUACGAAAUUUAGAAGCCAUUAAUAAUCAAGACAGUAAACCGGUCGGACACUUCGA